AUGACUACGGAAUUCCGAGAAUUUCGCAUCAUCAGUUUCCUAUCUGCAUGCGUAACCCAAAUAGAAUUUGAAAGUCUCCUCGCUGCUGCGUCCGCUGGAAAGGUUUUUGCCCAGGCUUCCAGCACUACGACAUGUGUUAAAGCGUGCGACGCCGUUGCCAAACUGUAUCCUGAUCAUAUUAUUACUCCGUCCUCGUCAACUUUCCAAAGUGCCCAGCUAGAAUAUUGGAACGGUCCACAAAGAAAUACUGCACCGGCCUGUUUCUUUCAGCCCACGAGCGCAGACCAAGUCCAGGUCGCCAUCAAGGAAGUUACACAAGCCAAAUGUCCUUUUUCCAUCAAGGGUAGCGGACAUUCUUCCAACUUUGGUGGUUCAAGCAUCCAAGGCGGAUUCCAGUUCGAUCUUGUCAACAUUGCACAUCAUGAAAUCGUAAACGAUGGCCGGUCUGUAAAGAUCGGACCAGGUAGUCGAUGGGGGCCUCUCUUCUCUUUCCUCGAAGAGCAUGGGUUGACGGUUGCUGGUGGGCGCGAUUCUGGUGUUGGCGUGUCUGGUUUCAUAUUUGGUGGCGGUAUAUCCUUCUUUGCGGGUCACCGCGGAUGGGGUGUGGACCAUCUGACAUCGACCGACCUAGUGCUGGCAAAUGGUACUUUGAUAACCGUUGACAGCACAUCCCAUCCUGACCUCCAUAAAGCUCUCCAAGGUGGUGGUGCUCAAAACUUCGGUAUCGCAACAAGCUUGACUUUGAAUGCCUUCCAAUUUGGUGGAAUGUGGGGUGGGAUAAAGGUUACCACCGCAGACAACUUUGAACAUGUUUUCAAAGCUUAUGACAACUUUGCUAAAAAGAUACCUGAGGAUGGAAAGGCGCAUAUGUUCAUGGAUUUUGCCAGGGUCAACGGCACAUUGAUUGUCGCUCAGUAUAUGUACUACACCGAGCCUGUCAAGAACCCAAAGAUCUAUGAUGACUUUCGUUCUAUUCCGGCUGUGGUUGAUACUUUACGGCUGGCCAACCACUCGGAAUUUGCCAAGGAGAUGGAGCAAAUCACUGACACGAGAGGAAAACGCAACCUUUACUGGACGCGGACAUUCGGCUUCGACAUUGAACUGCUUAAGUCUAUCUAUAGACUCUGGGUCAAGACAAGUGAAUCUUAUGCAGAUCGAUUAACGGCUGCCCUGGACGCUCAGCUCAUUUACCCCAAAAUGCGCAAAGACUCGAGCACUGGAACCCUUUUUGGACUCGACGACUCCGAUGACGUUCUACAGCUGAUUGUGCUUAGUAUCAUCUGGGAGGAUGAAGCUGAUGAUGAGGAAGCCGUCAAGAUUGUUCGAGAGCUUGACGCAGCCAUCGACAAACUCUUGAACCUGCGUGGAAAGCACCGCGACUUCAAGUAUAUGAACUACGGGCACACUGAGCAAGAUAUCAUCGCAGGUUACGGUCAGGAGAACAAAGCGUUCUUGAAGGGGGUCGCCUUGCAGUACGAUCCAGCUGGUGUGUUUCAGAAACUCCGGCUGGGCGGUUUUAAGCUUGACAAAGCUACACAUAACAUCCCAGAUCUUGGGAACCACGAUGAAUUAUAG